UAGGUGACCUAAGACACUAUGUAGCAAACAUGUUUGUCAAGAAAAAGUGUUAUGUAAAGGAUGAAGUAUUGGUGAAAGAAAAAGAAUGUGAAAAAGAAUAUUACACUCAUUCACAUUCUAUUGAACCAAGUUGUUUUACAUCAGGUCAAGGUAUGGAUGAAAGCCAGCCAUCAAUUUUACAAAAAUUGACAAGUCAAGGUACUAUAAAAAAUGCAAGUCUCAUAGAAGACAUAUGCAACUCACUAAGGAUGUUAAGUUGUUGCAUGAUCCACCAUGAAAUGAUAAUCUUGGAUGAGCAGAUCAUUCAACUUAUGAGUGAAGAAAUAAAUUGGAUAAACAAAGAGCAUUUAAUAAUGGAAUUUAAAAUGCUGUCACCUGAAGACAUCGGCAAAAUAUUUGCUCAUGUUUUAAUUGCUGUAGAAGAUGAACAGGAUAUUUUACAGAAAAUCCAGGAGUUAUGUACUGAUGAUAUAGUCUAUAGUUUAUCAGCUGAAUGUAAGAAAUUAAACUUCAGAUACAGUAUUACAGGAUACUACUAUGAUUUUAACUCUAUCACAGUAUCAUUUCUAAUUCAUCUGCUGAGUAAUGCACCAAGACUUUGUACUCUUGAUUUAUCAUAUUGUGAGAUGAAAGGUGUUACUGUGAAGAAGAUUGUUGAUACAUUGCAAGAGGAAGGAGUUGUGUUGGAAUUAAGAGAUCUUGACAUCAGUGGAAAUAACCUCGGUGACAUUGAAGGUUCCUCACUUGCCUCUUUGCUGGCCGUAGCUUCUAAGCUGAAUCAUCUUGACAUUAGUAAAUGCAGUCUGUCAGGUGUUAUUAUGGAUGAUAUGGUUAUGGAGUGUUCUAGUACUAGAGUUGUGUUGGAAUUAACACAUCUUGAUAUUAGUGGAAAUAACCUCAAUGAUAUCAAAGGUCCCUCACUUGCCACUUUACUUGCUGUAUCUCCAAAGCUGAAGUAUCUUUACAUGAGUUGUUGCAGUCUGUCAGGUGCUAUUAUGACUGAUGUGGUUAAAGAGUGUUCUAGUAGGGGAGUUGUGUUGGAAUUAACAUGGCUUAAUAUCUGUAGAAAUAACCUCAAAGACAUCAAAGGUUCCUCAUGUUCCACUUUGCUUGUUCUAGCUCCUAAACUGAAAUAUCUUAACAUGAGUAAUUGCAGUCUGUCGGGUAUGGAUGAUAUGCUUAAAGAGUGUUCUAGUAGGGGAAUUGAACUUUUCAUCAGUUGAUAUAACCUCAGUGACCUCAUAAAAUGUACUUCACUUGCUACUUUGCUUGCUCUUAUGAAUAACUGUAGUCUACUAUGAUGAUAAUAAUUAUAAGUUAAUUUAUGAAAUGCUCUACUUUGGAAAAUUAACCCCAGUGCACAUACAAUCUAUCAUAAUAACCUCAAAGAAAUCAAAUGUUCGCUCUCAAAGACAUCAAAGCUUCACUGGCCUACCCUCUAGUAUGUGAACGUUGCGAUUAAUUAUGAUUUAAAUAAGAACAAUAAACACUAAAAGAAAAUAAGUUGCAUGGUUUUGAAAGCAGUU